UCUUAGAUUUGGAACUAAAAACACAACACAACAUCAUAAACACAGCAACAUCAGCAACACCAACAUCGCCAUCAUAUUAGAUUCAUUAAAAUGCAUGCGAAGACAGACUCUGAGGUAACGAGUCUGGACGCGUCGUCCACCACACGCUCCCCCCGGCGAGCAGUGUACUACGUUCAGAGCCCUUCUCACGAUGGAGAGAAAACGACAACGUCGUUGCACUCAACCCCUGUUCUCAGCCCCAUGGGUUCUCCUCCUCACUCUCACUCUUCUUCAAGUCGUUUUUCAGGUUCACGCAAGAUGAACCACCGUAACCACAAGCCAUGGAAGGACAUCGACGUCAUCGAAGAAGAAGGUCUUCUUCAAUCCGAAGAACGCGACCACUCUCUCUCUCGUCGUUACUAUUUCCUCGCCUUUGUUCUUGGCUUCUUCCUUCUCUUCUCUCUCUUCUCCCUCAUUCUCUGGGGUGCCAGUAGACCCAUGAAGCCCAAAAUCGUUAUCAAGAGUAUCAAGUUUGAUCAUAUGAGAGUUCAAGCUGGUUCUGAUUCCACGGGUGUGGCCACUGAUAUGAUCACUAUGAAUUCCACUUUGAAAUUCACGUACCGCAACACUGGCACAUUCUUUGGGGUCCAUGUCACAUCUACACCAUUGGAUCUAUCCUUUUCAGAAAUCGUAAUUGCUACCGGUGAUAUGAAGAAGUUUUAUCAAUCAAGGAAGAGUCAGAGAUUGGUGAGUGUGGCAGUGAUGGGGAACAAGAUACCAUUGUAUGGAAGUGGUGCCAGCCUAAGUAGCACAACGGGUAUGCCAACGGUGCCUGUGCCUUUGAAAUUGAGCUUUGUGAUUCGAUCUAGAGCUUACGUGCUUGGGAGGUUGGUGAAGCCAAAGUACUACAAAAGAGUGGAAUGUUCCAUCACUUUGGAUCCCAAAAAGAUCAGUGUUCCAGUUUCACUCAAGAAUUCUUGCACCUAUGAUUGAUUGAUUGAGUGGCAAGUAAUGGAAAAGAGUGAAAAAAUAAAUUAAAAAUGUUUCUCUUAUUAAUGUAUGAUUCAUUGGUGGCUGAAGAAAGAAAUUCCAUGUGGAUACAGCUCAGAGGGGUAUGGAGGCUCUGGGUCAGGAUUGGAACAACGCGUCUUUUUGAAUUCAGC